GAAAAUGGCAAUCAGGGAAUCUGCCUCAUCCGAGGGAGUAUAGCUAACAAAAUGUUAGAUAUUUGUGUGGAUCUACUUCAGCGCAACCCAAGCUUGACUGUUACUACAGACAACAAAAUGCAAGGACCUUCUCCUAUUCUUACAUUAUCACGCCAACCUUCAGCAUUCUUUAGUGGAUGUCAGCUUUGGUUUUGGCAAAGAUGGAUUUAUCAUUGGUUAAAGCUAAAGCUACCCAUCACUUCCUCCAGUGAAGUACGGAUUGCCGUUACUCACCAGCACCAAAGCCACAACCCAAAGAACCUCAAAAUACAAGUAUUUGGUGGACUUUGUAGAUUGGGCUUAAUGGUGCUAAAUUUCCUUGGAUUCAAAGACAUUUAUGAUUUGAAGUUGAGGCAUAUCUAUACCCUUGACAUUCUUCGCUAUAUGUGUAACUAUGUAUCAACUUUUAAAUUCCAACAGCGUGAUAAUUGUCAAGUUGUUGAAGCAAUCUUUGAAGCUACCAAGCAGGGCAUAGUUGAAUUCGUCAUUGAGCUAUUAAGAGUCAGCCAACCAAUCACUUUUCACAAUGACGAUCGCAGACAUGUUUUCAUGGUUGCAAUCCAACAACGUCAAGAAAACAUUUUCAACCUCUUUUAUGGCGUUUAUGAGGCGUGGAAGGCCGUAAUACUUAAUUACAAAGAUAAAAACGAGAACAAUAUGUUACAUGUUGCAGGGGAGAUAGCUCCUGAUUUUCAACUUGCUCGAAUCUCCAGUCCAGCAUUGCAAAUGCAAAGAGAACUACAAUGGUUCAAGGAGGUGGAAAGAAUUGUUCCAGAAUGGUGCAAAGAACAUAAAAAUUGUAAUGAUGAAACCCCUUAUGAAGUAUUUUCCAAGAAUCACAAGGAAUUAGCAAAAGAGGGGGAGAAAUGGAUGAAGGACAUAGCAAGUUCUUUUAUUAUUGUUGGUACUCUUACUGUUACAAUUAUGUUUGCGGUAGCAUUUACUGUUCCAUGGGCCAACGAUCAAGAUACUGGAUUUCCCAUACUUUUACAGAAAAGAUCAUUUAUGAUAUUGAUAAUAUCUGAUGCAAUUUCCUUCUUUGCUGCGUCUACAUCAGUCUUAAUGUUUUUGGGAAUCCUAACGUCGCGCUUUGCUCAGGAAGACUUUCAUGUGUCCUUACCCAAGAAGUUGAUUAUCGGCCUCUCCACUCUUUUUAUUUCUAGUGCAACAGUGAUGGUUAGCUUUUCUGCUGCACUUUUGAUUAUGCUACAAGAUCGAUGGUGGGCAAUCAUUCCCAUGGUUUUGAUGGCUAGCGUUCCAGUUACGCUUUUUGUAUGGUUACAGUUUCCCCUACUUGUUGAAAUUUUUGUGUUGACAUAUGCCUCAGGAAUCUUUGACAGAAAAAUGAAGCAUUGGCUGUAGUGGAGGGCAAGUUCACUGAUUCUUUUUUUUUUUUUUUUGUAACAUAAGUUAGCAGGUUCCCUCUAGGUUGAAAUUAAGUCUUUAGUAUGUCCUUCGGUUAGCUUCUUUUUUUUUCCUUGUGAAAUUGGGGUAUGUACAAUUUUGUUACAUAAAUACAUACCCAAUAUUUUUUUUUUUUUCUAUUUUGUCCUUUAUAUAUUAGAACCAGCUAAUAUUCAUUCCCAUGGAGCCUGUUAUGGGGAUGUAAGUGACACAAAUCUUCUUCUUGAGUUUCUUGGUGUUUUCUCUUCAUUGGACAACAUUUUUGCCCACGUCGUCACAUUGACUGCAUGUAUAGGUCGAAGAUUCAUCUGUUUUAUUGAGGAUCUUGUUCUCAAGGAUGUCAUUACUUCUGGACCAUGUCGGAGCUCUUCAAGCCACG